CGCCCCGCCGUCCUCGCUCCGCCGUCACUCUCCUCCUCUCCGCCCCCGGCCGUGGCGUAGCCGGGCUCGGUUUCCGUGAUAGCUGCGAGCAAGGGCCGCGUCGUUCCGGGUGUGUGUGAGAGCCCGUCAGGAGAAGCGUGCGCAAUGGGGGAGGCAGUCUGCAGUCUGCGCCGUCUUUAUUAGAGCCGCCGCCCAGCCCAGCUGGAGCCAUGGACAAAGCCGACAAGAAUGUCAAGCUGUCAGCUGAAGUAGAACCAUUUAUUCCUCAGAAGAAGGGUCCAGAAACACUAAUGAUCCCAAUGGCGCUUCCUAAUGACAGUGGAGGAAUUAAUGGCAUGGAACCAACUCCUAUCCCAAGCUACCUGAUCACUUGCUAUCCAUUUGUGCAGGAGAACCAAUCCAAUAGACAGUUUCCAUUGUACAACAAUGACAUCAGAUGGCAGCAGCCCAACCCAAAUCCUGCAGGACCAUACCUUGCUUAUCCUAUAAUAUCUGCACAGCCACCUGUUUCUACAGAAUAUGCAUACUAUCAGUUGAUGCCAGCACCAUGUGCUCAGGUCAUGGGUUUCUAUCAUCCUUUCCCUACUCCCUAUUCUGCACCCUUUCAAACAGCAAAUGCUGUAAAUACAGUUACUACAGAAUGCACUGAGCGUCCCAGCCCAUCAGGCCAGGUCUUUCCAUUGUCCAGUCAGCGAAGCAGGAGCAGUAACAGAGGUCCAGUCGUACAAAAACAACAGCAGUUACAGACGCACAUAAAAAAUAAACGUCCUCCAGUGAAAAAUGUUGCCACUCAAAAGGAGACCAGUUCAUCAGGUCCUGAAAAUAGAUCAAAGAUUGUUUUGUUGGUUGAUGCAUCACAGCAAACAGAUUUUCCUUCAGAUAUAGCUAAUAAGUCACUUUCUGAGAGCUCUUCUGCAUUGCUUUGGAAAUCAAAAGGCAGACGCAGAAGAACUUCUCACCCUGCUGCAGAGUCAUCUAGUGAACAGGGUGCAAGUGAAGCAGACAUUGACAGUGACAGUGGCUACUGUAGUCCUAAGCAUGGCAAUAACCAGGCUGCAGCUAUGGCUUCAAGAAAUACAGAUUCCUGUGCAAUUAAUGUUGCAGACCCAUCAAUAAAUACAACUGGUGUAAAUUGGACUAAUGUUAAUUCUCAGGCAACUCAAAAAAAACCUUGGAUUGAAAAAACUCAGACAUUUUCUAGAGGUGGAAGACAAGCUGAACAAAGAAAUAGUUCACAGUCCAGUUUCAGGUGCAGAGACCACAGCACUUCUUCAGAAAGAAGACAGACUUUGCAGAAACGACAUGAAAAACCUUUGACUACAAGUCAGUCGAGCAGAACAGAGCAGAGUCCUGAGCCUCUGUAUUUUGAGGAUGAAGAAGAAUUUCCAGAGCUAAAUAGUGACAACAGCAGUAGCAAAAAUAAAAACAUCCAGCAAAAGAUUUCACCCAAAGUAUUGGAUGACUUACCAGAGAAUUCUCCAAUCAAUAUAGUCCAAACUCCCAUUCCCAUUACAACCUCUGUACCAAAGCGUGCGAAAAGUCAGAAGAAGAAGGCCCUGGCAGCAGCACUUGCAACAGCUCAAGAGUAUUCAGAGAUAAGCAUGGAACAGAAAAAACUUCAAGAGGCUCUGUCAAAAGCAGCUGGGAAGAAGAGCAAGACCCCUGUUCAGUUAGAUUUGGGUGACAUGCUGGCAGCUCUUGAAAAGCAGCAGCAAGCAAUGAAAGCUCGUCAGAUCACCAACACCAGGCCUCUCUCAUACACAGUUGGCAGUGCUGCUCCCUUUCAUACCAAAGAAUCUGCCAACAGAAAGUCCUUAACAAAGGGACAGCCGUCUAUGGGUUGCCUUAAUCCUUUGGAUUCAACUGCCCCAAAAGUGAAACGAGGAAAAGAAAGAGAGAUUGCAAAACUGAAACGCCCUACAGCACUUAAAAAGAUUAUUUUGAAAGAGAGAGAAGAGAAGAAAGGCCGUUUAUCUGCUGAUCACGGCCUUUUGGGAUCCGAAGAACAGAAGGAGGUCCAUAUAAAUUUGACUGCUGAUCAGUCUCAGGAGCUGGCCUCUCAAGAGGAAACUGGAUUGAGUAUGCCUAGUGAUACUUCACUUUCACCAGCAAGUCAGAAUUCUCCAUACUGCAUGACCCCAGUGUCACAAGGUUCACCUGCUAGUUCUGGAAUAGGCAGUCCAAUGGCAUCUUCUGCCAUAACAAAAAUUCACAGCAAGAGAUUUAGAGAAUACUGUAACCAAGUUCUAAGUAAAGAGAUAGAUGAGUGUGUAACUCUCCUAUUGCAAGAGCUUGUCAGCUUCCAGGAACGGAUUUAUCAGAAGGAUCCCAUGAGAGCUAAAGCAAGGAGAAGGCUCGUUAUGGGGUUGCGUGAGGUUACUAAGCAUAUGAAACUAAACAAGAUCAAGUGUGUCAUCAUAUCUCCCAACUGUGAGAAAAUCCAGUCAAAAGGUGGACUAGAUGAGGCUCUCUAUAACGUAAUAGCCAUGGCACGGGAACAGGAAAUUCCUUUUGUCUUUGCGCUUGGCCGUAAAGCUCUUGGCCGCUGUGUGAACAAGCUGGUUCCUGUUAGCGUCGUGGGUAUCUUCAAUUACUCGGGUGCUGAGGACCUAUUUAAUAAGCUGGUAUCACUUACUGAAGAGGCCAGAAAAGCAUACAGAGAUAUGGUUGCUGCAAUGGAACAGGAGCAGGCAGAAGAAGCCUUGAAGAAUGUCAAGAAGGCACCCCAUCACAUGGGUCAUUCUCGUAACCCCUCUGCAGCAAGUGCUAUCUCAUUCUGUAGUGUUAUUUCUGAACCCAUAUCUGAAGUGAAUGAGAAAGAAUAUGAAACAAACUGGAGAAAUAUGGUGGAAACAUCUGAUGGGUUAGAAACCUCUGAAAAUGAGAGAGAAUCCUCGGGUAAGACUGCAGUACCAGAAAAAGCUGGCAGUAGUCAAAUUGAAAAAGCCACUGUUAAUAAACAGCCACCUCUGGCUACAACUGGCACUACCUCAGCAACAAAUCAUGGAAAAUCCACACCAGGUGACAAAGAUGAGGUGAAACCAGAUGACAAUCUGGAGUGGGCCUCACAGCAGAGUACAGAAACAGGGUCACUGGAUGGCAGCUGCCGAGAUCUUCUGAAUUCCUCCAUGACCAGUACCACCAGUACUCUUGUACCAGGAAUGUUAGAAGAGGAGGAGGAGGAUGAGGAUGACGAUGAUGAGGAUUAUGCCCACGAACCAAUUUCUGUAGAGGUUCAGCUUAAUAGCAGAAUUGAGUCUUGGGUUUCAGAGACCCAGAGAACUAUGGAGACCCUUCAGCUUGGGAAGACCCUUAGUGGUGCUGAAGAAGACAAUGCCGAACAAAGUGAAGAGGAAGAAGUAGAGACUUCUGAGCAAGGCGAUCCAGCCACUGAUGGUGAGGAAUGGACAAACGAUAAGCACGCAAGCAACACUCAACAUAAACCCACCAUCUGCAGUUCUGUGAAUAAAGAACACACAGACACCAUCUACAUGCCGUGAGAAAAAGCAGAAACUCAGGAACUUUUUAGAAAUUGUACUAAAACUAACUGUUGCAAAGGUUGCAGCCCUUAUUUCCUACGUUUCAUCUCAGCAUUUUGCACUGUUAAACAUUUAAUGUGUGUAUUUAAUUCACAACAAUGUUUUUGUAGCUGUCUGUUACUUUGUUGAUUUAAAAACUAGCUUUUCAGUCACUUCCUAUUGCCCAGAGUAGAAACUGUGGAAAAUCGUAGUAGUAAGUAUUCAUUUGAUCUUUUGAAAAAGGAAACAUCUUGUAACUGACCAGCUUUAAGCAAAAUUCUUUUGGGAUGUGACUAUUGAGCUCAUUUUCAAACACAUCAUUUACAUUAAGACUGACAAAUUACCAGCACUUCAUGUUGGUGUUACAGUGUUGUCAGACACAUCAGCAUAUUUGGUCACAAUUUUCUAGUUCUGUCUGGAGAUAAAAGUAAUAUUUUGGGUCUCUUUAAAGAAAAGCUGGAGAAACCCAUUUGCAGUCUUAAUGAAAAGUAAAUGCUAGAGGAAUCUGUGUGAUUCUUGCGCUUCUUAGUUGGUCUCAGCAAAUGCAUCAUUAAAAAGCUGCUGAUAGUUGAGAUGGUUACAAUAAGCUAUAACAGUUUUGAUUCCAGAAAAACGUCAAACCAGAGUGAUACAAUUAACCUUUUUGAGGUUUGGUGGUUUGUUUUGGGUUUUGUUUUUUUUACAAGGGGGGGUGGAGGAGGGAACGGGAAACAAAAACUCCUCAUGCUCUCCAGUUGCUGUCUGCCAAACCACACUACAUGAUUCAUUAACCAUAAUCCCUAUCCAGGGCUUCUAGUAAACUGAUGAUUUGCUCUUUCUCCUGUCACUUACCUCAGGAAUGCUGUUUUGCAUAUUGUCAUCUAUGUAACAUUGCAAAAAAAUUCCAAGAAUAUCCUUGAACAGCAAGUGUGAAUUCAAUGGUGGCUCAGGGCAUCUACAUGUUCAUCUGCAUGCUUUUGAUCCUGGCCACCUUUGUGUUGAGUUCAAGCUAUAUCUUGACAGUUCUUGCUCAAAAUAUGACCUCUCUUUGUUCUCAUAGUUGUAGCAGCUUUAGAAGCUGACCUCUGGAAUAGAAAAGGUAGUUACUCCAAGUAAAGAGGAAAUGCCUAGAGUAUGGGGAGGUAUUUCAGUAGUUCAGAGGCAGAAGAAAAAGAAAUACUCCCUCCCUGAAACAUACAUGUUGCUAGAGGAUUGUUCCAUGUUUCAUUCUGACUAUUGAAGUGAAAUCCACUAACCAAUGAUAAACUGAUUUAAAACUGAAGAUGGAGCACGUGUCUAAACCUGAUGUGUCUAAGGAGUCUUUCUGUCUUUGCCAUAUAUUGGCAAGGGAUGUACUGAAACUGCCAGCAACAGGAGUUUCAUCACAAGAGCAGCCAAAGAGUAACUCACAUGAAUAACACUUUUGUAGCAGAUGGAUGUUUCUUUUAAUUCCACUUCACUUUUCCUCAUCACUUUAUCAAAAUGCCUAAAAACCUUCUGGGAAGGCUGAAAGUCACAAGAAAUCAGUAACUUGGGUAUUUAGUCCACGCCUAUUAAUACAGGACCAAGGCUUAUAGUACUUACUAGGGAAGCUGGCAUUUUAAGUUGCACUGGGAAAAGACAACACCAGGUUUAGAAAUCAUCUACCCCUGGGUGUUUUGGAUGCUGAUAAGAAUACUAGAAGCUGUGUGUACUAUGUAAAUAAUGCUCUGCUAGGUACAAGCAUAGCAAAUGCUAUGUAGAUAAGCAGUAUAGAGAGCUGCUGGGACACCUGGCUGUUCUGUCACGUGCUUAGUUCCUUAAUGUAAUCUUUGUAGAUGUUAGAACAGGCAUUUUGUAGGAAAACAAAGACUAAAGAAUGAUGCCUCCUGAAUGUUAAACCUUUUCUUGUACAUAUGGCAGAUUUCUACUGCCUGUAUGUUUUGAAAGAGCUUUUGCUUUAGGAAAUGAUAGGUGUUUGAACUGCUGAUGAGCAAAACUUGCCCUUGGAUGUGUAAGCAGCUGAGAUCCAUGUAUACACUGAGGGCAGAACUUGACCAGAACAUCAAAAACAAAGGUGUUUGUAACUUUUUAUUUUGCUUUUUCAGUGCCAGUGAUUCAAAUAACUUUUGAUCUUGAAGUAUUAACAUCAAAGGCGCAUCUUUUUAUACGUCUUUUCUGAACUUGGACUGUCAUUUUAAAGUUUUCUGACAUUUAUAUCAAAGAGGUCUUGUAAUAUUCAGCCCAGUAUUUAACUGCAGUUUUGCUACAGGUUUAAUAGAGUUCUUGAAGGUGAUAUAGCACUUCUAAUAUCUCUCAAUUUGCCAGCAAGUAAGGAACUAGUCUCUUUUUAAAAUGUGGCAGAUCACCCUUUCAGGAGCAAACUGAGGCUAAGUAAAGGAAACUGUUUUUAGCGUUUCCUCUUCGGCAAGCUGGGAAUGAGCAAUAACUGUGAGAAAGAAAUUGCAGUUCCUUUGGGAGUGAUCCAUUUGCAUCUGAAAUUAGGGAAGUUCCUUGCCACUUGAAGCACUUGAGGAGAGUAUCUCACUGUGGUAAUUUUGAUUCUGUUAUCACCAGAAUUUAAAAAAGGAAGCAUAAAACUGUUUUCCAGUACCGUGAUUUUGUCCUUUUUUUGGAAGUAGCUGAAUUUCUAUUUCAGUGUAAAAGUAUGCAGUUUGUUAUACAGGUUGCUACUGUCCCCAGGAAAAGGUGUUUCUGUAGUUAAUAGGUGUAUAGAUAUUUUUGUUGUGAAAAUGAUUAUUUGGAAAACUACUUUUUCUUAAGACCUUCUUUAUAGAAAUGAUUUCACCACUUAAUUUAUCUGGUAAAGUCAAAAAUAAUGUAUCUGUGGUAGGGAUAGGGUUCUGUAAAACUGAUAGAGGUGGCUGUGUAUACAACCUAUUUAUAUAAAUACUUUGUCAAAAUAAUAAUAAAAAAUAAUUACAAAUAACAUAAAAGGGAAAAAUUCUGGAGAACUUUUGUCCGUAGUUGGACCAAGUAACAAUGUCUGGCUGAGGUGAAGGACCUUAUCCUGCUAGCACACACUAAAGAGCAUUAGUUCCACUGGCUUGUAUCAGUGGUGUGUUUUUCUGCUUCAGUUGUGUGCAGGUAGUUUUAGGAUUGGAGCUAAACCAUGACAGAGGGUAUUGACCUGUGUUUUAAAAGUUCAUUAUAGAAAAUGUUCAGUAAUGCACUUGUUGGUGUUCUUCUGGUAAAGAUAAGGGGUGUCUUCAUGCUCAUUUGGGUGGGUGGGAGCUUACACAGUGUGAUUCUGUCCAGUUCUUUAACACAAACUUUAAAUACUGUUACUUCAGAUACGUGUGUUUAAAAGUGUUAUUGUUUGAGAAGCUGCUGUUUGCUGAAACUGUCAUUAAGUAUUUCCUGUGAAGUUGUGCCAACUAAUGGAGCUAUUGAGUCGAAUUCCAUGUUAGCCAUUUAACAAUUAGAUGUGAUGAUUUGUUAAGGGAACAAAAACCAGCAGAAGCAAGCCAUAGAAACCGGUAAUGUUAGGGUUUCUGCCCACCCUGCCCCACACAAGAGAAUGUCAGAACGUCUAACUUGAAACUUCCUCACCAACAGAUGGUAACACUGAAAGUAGAAAACCAGUUGGCACAGCCCACCCUCUAAAUGUCCAUGAAUAGUUCAGAUAUUUUACUUUAAAAUAGAUUCUAAUAGGAAAGCUGUUUAAUCUUUAAUGUCUUAACAUUUAUAGUAAUAUUUAGGUUGAAACAGUAGAAAAAUUACAAUGAAAUACAAUAUGAAGGGGUUUGUUCCAUUUCUUUUUUUGCUGUAUGAAGGAUAAUUGUUCUGUCUGUCGUACUUUUUGGAGUAAUAACAGCUUUUUUGCACUAUGUAAAUACUAGUGGGGGUUCUUCCAUAACUAAUAAAAAUGAUUGUAGACAUUUA